GUGGUACCCAGGGUAGCGCAUUUACUGUGAGUCAGUCAGCAGCAUGUCACUAUGACACUAAACACACCCUUCCACUAACCGCUACCACUCCAAACCCCGCCACCAAAUGUCAACCAACACCUUUCCUUACUUUUCCACCCACCCACUCUAAUAACAACGCUUUCCUCUCUCUAUCUCUCGCUCUCUCUCUCACUCACACACACACACACACUUCAUCAUCAUCAUCAUCUCAUGGCGACCCCAAACGACGCCGCAUCGGCUUCGCCCCCGAAGAAGCCCCACCCCAUCCCCUGGACCCACCAGGAAACCGUCCACCUCAUCCGCGCCUACCAGGAGAAGUGGUACGCCCUGAAGCGCGGCCCCCUCCGCCACAACCAGUGGGAGGAGGUCGCCGUCGUGGUUGCCGCCCGCUGCGGCUACGACCUCGCCCACCCCGCCAAGUCCGCCCUCCAGUGCCGCCACAAGAUGGAGAAGCUCCGCCAGCGCCACCGCGCCGAGAAGAAACACCCCGCCGCCGCCUGGCAGUACAACGCCCUCAUGGACGACCUCGAACGCGGCCCUCUCCCCAUCUCCGCCCUGGCCCCUUUCCAAAACGACGACGACGACGACGACGAACGCGACGACGACGACGACGCGUGUCGAAACGACACUCACUUCGACCACAGGGAGAGUUUUAUAAAGUCCAAGAGUCUCAAUUGCAUUCUCGGCGAGAGGCCCGUCAGAGGGUUCGCGAGGGAGCGUGUUGACGAACCCGAUGGAGACGACGACGACGUUUCGGGGCUCUCCGCGGAGAUGAGGGCUUUCGCGGAGAGGUUCAUUGGAAUGGAGAAUUUGAAGAUGGAGAUGGUUAAGGAAACCCAGAGGUGUAGGUUGGAGAUGGAGAAGAAGCGGAUCCAGAUGAUACUCGAAUCGCAGCGGAGAAUUGUCGAUUCCAUUGCUAGAGCUUUUGCCUCUAACAAGAGGAUCAAGAUUACUCACCAAAUCUCAAACUGAAAGGUUUACGGAUUGGAUUUGCAGUUACACUGUGGAUUUGCCUUCAGAUUGUGAAAUAUAAUGAUCGAAGUAAGCUCUCAUUGGUUUCUAUCACGGAAGAGUCUACAAAAUCUGUUUCAUAGCUUGCUACCAGUUAUUUAUUAGAUUUAUUGUUGCAUUUGAAGUCUUUACUACUCACCUAAAUGAGGGUAAGUUAAUUUUUUGGCCUUAGUUGAUUAUAAUGCAAGUGAUACCUUUACAAUAUUUUUUCUUCUAUGUCCUUGAUUAAGCCCUAUGAAAAAGUUGUUUACUAUAAUAGCUGCUUAUUGAUGCUAA